GAAUAACUCAGGGGUCACAUACUCGAGGAUGGUGAAAAAGAUCUUCCUCAAGCUAUUAGGCUCGAUGAUGGAAGCAUAUGUUGACAACAUGAUCUUGAGCAGUGAGUAAUCACACAUAUAACCUUCAGGACAUUUUCGAGAUUAUGAAGAAAUUCAACCUCCAUCUUAAUCCAAAGAAGUGCUCUUUCACCGUCCAAGGAGGAAAGAUCCUCUGCUACAAUUUGAAUCGGAAAUCAAUUUGAAUCAAUAGAAAAUCAAGAUGGAUGUGAUCACUGCUUUCGUGCGUGGUUAUCUGGAUAAGAAAAAUUGUAAGGCCCAACUUGAAGGGUUUGUGGAACUCAACAAAAGUGAUUAUGUGUGUUUACUACAGAAGUCCUUGUAUGGGUUGAAGCAGUCCCCUGGGCAAUGGAAUAUUAAGUUUGUCCGAUGCAUGAAAUCCAUGAAAUUUGUUAAGUCUUCCUGUGACCAUUGUUUGUACUAUAAGGAUCCUUCCUUUGUGCGUGUAUCCUUAUUACUCUAUGUGGAUGACAUGUUAAUCAUCAGUCCCAGUCUUAAGUCCAUUGUUCAUGUGCAAAUGUUUGUGUGAUAAUUUUUCCAAGAAAGACCUAUGGGAUGCCAAGAGAAUCCUAAACAAAAGCAUUGUUUAAGAUAGGAGAAUAUCUACUCUUGUUUUAAACCAGAUCUCCUAUGUGGAAAAAGUUUGGAGUAAAUUUAACAUGCAAACUGUUGCUCUUGUGAUGUCCUUUAGACUCCCAUUUU